UCUCGUGUAAACCCGGAAGCAGGAAUGACAACAGUGUGAGGAUGCGGCUGCAGCUGAGGCGACUUUAGAAAGAAACACCAUGAGUUCCAUCAUAAAAGAAACACAAAGCAUUAAAGAAGCAGUGACUUUCAUCAAUGGAAUUGAUGUGAACAAGUUCUCCAAGCUGAUCUCUCGCAUCAUACAAAAACUUCAUCUGAAGGGAGAGCGAACAUUCAGUGAAGAAGACGAGCAAAAACUCCAGACUGCUCUGUCACUGGAUAAACAUGCUCUGAACUUGGUCCUGGAAACGUCCGCCUUCAUACUAGAGCAGGCAGUGUAUCAUAAUGCAAAGCCGGCAUCUCUGCAGCAGCAGCUGCAGGCAGUCCAUCUCAGCCCAGACAAGGCUGAGGUGUUCUCUCAAAGCUGGGCUGCUGCCGGGCCGGAGCUGGUGGAGAAGCUGAAGGGAAACAUAUUUGCUCCUAAGAAGCUGGAGUAUGUCGGCUGGCAGCUGAACCUGCAGAUGGCCCAGUCCAGCCAGGCCAGGAUGAAGUCUCCCAGUGCUGUAGUGCAACUGGGACUCUGCAGUGAGGACUCUGAGGUCCAGGAAAACGUCUUUGUCGAGUUUAACCAUGAGGAGCUUCUCGAGUUCUACAACAAGCUUGAAAUGGUGCAGGGGCAGUUGGAUUCGCUAACUUGAUGCCGGGUGCUGUGCUGCAACCACACCCACUAAGACACUGUCUUGUUAGUGUUGAUGCUGACAGCUGUGCCAGCUGUUAAGAGUUCAAGCCAUUCCAGUCUUCUUCUGAUUAGAGAAAUAUGUCAAACAUGAGGGAGGGAGUUUCUUUCCCUUCUGAACUCGUUUCCAUUCAUGUCUGUGCUCAUUACUUAAAAGUUGUGAUCUUUUCUUUUCUUUUUCCAAAAUAAACGGGAUGAUCAAGCUCAUCAUGAGUAACUUAAUGCUGUAUUGUCCUAAACAUGACUGUAUAAUGUUAGCUUUAUCUGUUAAGAUUUAAAAAAAAAAAAAAAGUGCCAACAUUCAGUUGUCUUAAAAAAGAAAGUUAUACCCUUAGGGAAAACAAUUAAAAAGAAAUUAACUCUCAACACUGAUCGUGAUUUCAAAUAAAUGAGUUUUGUGUCUUGAAGAGAGAACACGUUUUCCAGUUGUUAUUGUAUUAAACAUCGCAGUGGAUGUCAAAUCCA